GCGCUGCAGUCGUUUGACUUUAUCACUCUGGCAGCGGCAACAGCAGAGCUGCAGGCCUGGGUACCGGCCAAGAUUGAGGCCGUGAUGCAGCAGGAGACGGGAACGGCGCUGCGCCUGCGCACGGCGGCCGACACUGGCUGGCUGCACCUCGGCUAUCACGCCCGCUACGCACACGUCGGCAUGAGCAGCGACCCUCCCGCCCGCGGCUCCGCCGCCGAGCUCUACACCUUUGGCGCGCAGCUGCAGGCGGCGCUGCGGGGGCUGGUGCUCACGGGCGUCUCGCUGCCCACGCCCUUUGAGCGCGUACUGAAGCUGGCCUUUGCGCAGCGCCCCGGAGAGCCCGCCGCCUGCCAGCUUGUGUAUGAGUGCAUGGCGCGCUACUCCAACCUGCUGCUGGUGGGGCCCGACGACAUCGUGCUGGCGGCGGCGCACCAGGUGGGGCAGCGCAUGUCGAGCGUGCGGCACGUGCAAGUGGGCGGGCGGUGGGAGCCGCCGCCGCCCGCCAGCGGGCUGGACCCCGACAGCUGCGCCUCGCUGGAGGAGUGGUGGGAGGUGCUGUGCCGCCUGGCAGAGGCGGCGCCUGCAGACCGCAGGCCCACGCUGGUGCAGGUGGCGGUGCGCGGGUUCCGCGGCGUCAGCCCGCAGCUGGCACGUGACAUAGCGCAGGCAGCGGGCGUGCCGGCAGACAGCCUGCCCGCCGACCUUGCGCCCGACCAGUGGCAGCGCCUGCACCAGCAGUGGCAGGCCUGGCUGCAGCGCCUGGCCUCGGGCAGCUUUGCCGCCAGCAGCUGCCCGCGGAGCGGCGCCUACAGCCUGCUGGGUACGCAGCCGCGCCCGGUGCCCAGCCUGCUGCCCUUCCUUCACGACUACUACUCGGCACCGCAGCAGGCAGAGACCUUUACCGCUCUCAAGCAGCAGCUGGCUCGAGCAGUGGCUGCCGCCAUGGCACGGCUCCAGAAGAAGAUGGAGUCACUGCGGCAGCAGGGCGGGGAUGGAGACAAGCACGAGCGCACGCAGCGGCUGGCUGACAUGGUGAUGGGCAACAUUUACCGAAUCCAGCCGGGCGCCGCCUCUGUGGAGGUGGAGGACUGGGAUACUGGGGAGCUGGUGGCGAUCAAGCUGGACCCUGAGAAGACAGCGGUGGCGUUUGCAGAGGGCCUGUACAAGCAGGCCCGCAAGCAGCGGCGCGCGGUGGAGCAGGUUGCGCCGCUGCUGGCGGCAGCGCGGCAGGAGCUGGACUACCUGGCGGAGAUGGAGGUGAUGCUGGCGCAGCUGGAGGCCGGCUCCCACCUGGCGGCGCUGCAGGAGGUGCAGGUGCGAGCGGGCGGCGGCAGCAGCAACGCCGCCGCCGGCGGCAGCCGAGACUUCCGGCGCUACGACUCGCCCUCCGGCUUUGCGGUGCUGGUGGGGCGCAACAGCCGGCAGAAUGACGAGCUCAGCUGCAGGCUGGCGCAGCCUGGCGAUGUGUGGAUGCAUGCGCGCGGCGUGCCGGGCGCACACCUGGUGAUGCGCGUUCCUGCGGGGCAGGCGGCCGGGGAGGCGGACCUGCGGUUUGCCGCCGACUUGGCUGCCUGGUUCUCAAAGGCACGCACCGACGGCAAGGUGGACGUGACAAUGUGCGACCCCAAGCACCUCUCCAAGCCCUCCGGCGCCAAGCCGGGGCAGGUGAUGGUGAGGAAGGAGGCGGUGGUGGUGGGGCGGCCAGACCAGUCGGUGGCGGCGCAGCGGGGCGAGGUGGAAUGAGGCCAAGUGCCACCCUCUUGAGGCAUCCCCUUUGGGUUCUGUAGCCAACCACUGUGCCAAGGCCUGCCCGACCGCCAGCACUGCUCUUCCUUUCCCAGUUUUAAAGCGAUGUUAUAAUGGUGAUGCCUGUACAAGUGUGG